AUGGCUCGCGGUGGUUUCCGAGGCGGCAGAGACCGAGGACGUGGCGGCUGGGACAGAGGUAGAGGACGCGGCGGCUUCUACGAUGACCGUGAUCGCUUCGGACCCCGCAGCCGCUCCCAGGAAGGGCGUUGGGGCCGUGAUCGAGACGAACGAGAUCGCGACCGAUGGAUCGACUCAGACGCUCGCAGAGACCCCCGAGACGACCGUGACCCUCGCGAACGUGAGUUACUGAGGCCCAAGGUCGACCGCGAACGCGACCGAGGCAUGUCUUCCCAAGCACCAUCACCGAACACCAAGGAUGUGUCACCUCCACCCCUGGCCCCCUCGGCGCCGGCUUUUGGUACGGUCCCCAGUAGGAACGUCGGUGCCGCCGACGGAUCACCCAUCAUCGGGGGCACCGGUAAAUUGCCCCCCACCGCUCCGAGAGCCUUCAACGCUGAACGACCCGUCUCCGCAGGACAUGGCAGCGGCGGCGGCAGCGAUUUCCCAGUGCCUCCCACCGGACCAGCCAGAAUGAGCCUCGUAGAGGGCAGCCCGCCCAUCCCCUCGGGUCCCCGUGCUCAACAGCAGAAGCAGCAACGACCUUCUAGCAAGCAGUGGAUAAACCCCGCAUUAGGUGGGAAGAAGAUCCCCGAGUCGCCCAAGAUCAUGAGGUCACAGAGCUUCGCCCAGCAGCAACGCCCGGCACCUUUCCGCCACGACAGCGUCCCGGCAGAACAAGGCGAUUAUGACAGGCGUCCCCGCAGUAGUGAUGCGAAGGCCGACUCUCACAACUCCGCCACUGAAGGCUCAGUGAAGUCGCUCAACCUUCCCGAACCUGGCGAAAUCAUCAUCAAAUCUGAACGAGACAGUUCCUCGGCUAGAGGAUCGAUGGAUCGUGAUUCAGAGCACCCGGACGCUAGGGAUACCAUUAUGGCAGGGACCGACGCCCAUGCAUAUGAGGAGCAUCGGCCCCCAUCACGGGGUGAAGAGAAGCCUGUCCCGGCUGAAAGAGUUGUCGUCGACGAAGACUCUGCAGAGAAGAAGCAGGAGCUGCCUCGGCCUGCCAAGGAAAGCAGAAUGUCGGUGCCAAAAGUUCGGUUUGUAUUGCCCCCGCAAGAACCCUCGGCACCUGUAUCUGAGCAGACAUCCGAAUCCGACGACGACGAAGACUACGGGGAAUACUUUGCUAUGGAAAUCGCCAAGGAAGAGGCGGAACUGGAAAAGUUGCGCGGGGCGGCCGACAAUGCCCCGGACAAGAUCAUUGCUCGCUAUGCAAAAGUCUCACACGACGCUUUGGUUGCGCUUGUCACCGAAUCGGAGGGCCUCGUCGAUAUGCUUGGUCCGGUCCCCGAUAUCGUUGAGCCUGUCAAGGAGGAAACACCCGCCAAAUCCCCCGUUGUCGAACAGCGCGAAAAGACGCCACAAGUCCCGAGUCCUGUUCUGCCCACCAAGUUUUCGCCAGAGCAGGCUGUUGCCGCGCCUGAAAUUGAAGCUGCACCAGUGCCAGAACCUGUAGUUGUAAAAGAGCCCGAGCAGGUUAUCGUUGAGAAGGGGAUAGACAAGACAACCGACAAGGAGACCGCAAAGCAGGCCGAAAAGGAGGUGGAUAAAGACACUGAAGAAAAGUUUGGAAUGCCUGCCGAGAAGGCUGUGGAAAGGCCUACCGAGAAGCCUACCGAGAAGCCUACCGAGGAGGCCAUUGAAGACACCCAGGAGAAGCUUGUCGACAAGCCCAUUGAGAAGGUUGCAGCAGUGGCCGCCGAGGAUACCGCCGAAAAUGCACCGGAACCCGAUGCCGAAAAGACUGAAAGGCCCCCGCUUGAUAUCGUCCCCCAUGAACCGCAGCCCAAGACUGAGGAAAUGGAUAUUGACGAGCCUGCCCCUAUUUCUGCGCCUUCUCCUCCUCGACUUUCCGAACCAGCAAAGGACGCCGAUGUUGCCAUGGAGGAUGCGGUCGAGCCCGAAAACCCGCCUGCAAAAGCAGUCGUCGAGCGCGAGGCAUCAAAGGAACCGGUCACCAACGGCCAAUCUGUGCAUCUUCAGCCAUCCGGUGUGCCGAUUGAGACCAUCGAAGGGGACAAGGCUCUGCCUAGCACACCUUCUCAAAUGGAGGACGACGACGAAGACAACUCGACGGAAUCGGACGACGCUGAUGCGGAUGCAAUGCUCAUUGAUACGAUUCGACAGUACUCGGCAACCCCUCCCAUUGACAGUCUACCCGACUACAGCUGUCGGGCAUGGAACCGGGACAGAGACUUCUUGGAAUCCCUCGAUUCAGACCCUAUGAUCGAUGACUUCAUCCUGCAGCAACUCGAUAAGAUUUCUCUGGAAAAGAUGGCGGGGCAGGAGAUUGCGCGCAAGGACUACGCUGAUAACUACGUUAAGUAUCUUGACUUCACAGUCUCAAGCGAUCCGAUUGCUGUCAAGAGCCGAGAGACAUUCAUCAGCUGUCUGCCGACGCCCGAGAAGCACGUACCCAUUCCACCUCCACCUGAACUCAAGCCAGAAGGGAGGGGAGCUGGUAGAAGGUAUGCAAGCGAGCGCGACCUGGAAAGAGUCUUGCAAGCUUCCAUGAGAGAGGACGAGGAACGUAAGGAAAGGGAGCAGCGCGCCAUGCAAGAAAAGUAUCGCAGUGAAAAGGAGGCGGUCAUCCCCGAGAUGUAUUGGACAAAGGAGGAUCGCGACGCCGAGUUCUUCAAGGACACCACCGGUUUCACGCCUGUGGAGAAACUUGUCCCUGCUUGGCAGAUUUUGCCACCAAUCAACAACUUCACACCCGAAGAGGCCGAACUCUUCGAGAAGAGGUAUCUGACUAACCCGAAGCAAUGGGGCGUGGUUGCUGAGAACAUACCGAAACGCAAUUUCGGUACUUGCAUUCAGUACUACUACCUGAUGAAGAAGGAACUCAACCUCAAAGAGAAGCUCAAGAAGCAGCCCAAGCGCAGGAAGAAGGGUAGAGGCAAAACGCGGUCAAGCGCUUUGGUCUCCGAGCUGGGCAAUGCCGAAAACGAGGGCGAGGAGAACCAGGAGAAUGGCGAGAACGGAGAACGGAGACGGCCGCGCCGUGCUGCUGCCCCAACAUGGGGCUUUGAGCAACCCCCUACGGAUUCCGACAAUGCAACACCUGCUGGCACACCUGGUCGUCGUGGAGCUAAAGGAGAUCCCGAGAAGCCAGACGGCAGGAAGAGAGGGAGGAGAUCUGCGAAAGACAAGGAGCCCAAGGCCGCCAAGCCACAACAAACUCUUGCUGCGGCUCCAGCAACAACUUCAGGCAAGGGGCGGUCUCGCUCGAAUUCGAGGGUCCAGAACACCGAGUUUCAGCCACCGCCACCCGUGCCGACGGAGGCCCGUCUUCCAUCACAGCCCGAAGUACCAACAACGGCCGUCCAGCCCCCGUUUGUUCCCGCUCAACAGCCACCUCUGGUGGUCCAGGAGCGUCCCGUUCCCAUUCCCCCUUCAGCGAUAUCCGAAGUAAUGGCGCCUCCAUCCCUGCGGCCGGAGCCGCCACCACCUCCUGCGCAACCCACCAUAGCAACGUUCGACAUCGCUCAACCACAGCCCGAACGCCGUGCUCAAAGUCAGGCGUCAAGUUACUGGAGUGUUUCGGAAGCAAACGACUUCCCAGGCCUGUUGAAGUCGUUUGGUACUGACUGGGCAGCUAUUGCGGGACACAUGGGUUCGAAGACAGCUGUCAUGGUGAAGAACUACUUUGUCAGACAGAGAGACCAGGGCAAGACAGAGUGGGAGCAAUUCGCUGCUGAAGCGGACGGGAAACGAAGCAGAGGGGAGAAGCUGCCUGAUCCACCACCGCCAACUGUCGGCGGGCGCAAAAAGUACGACUCGACACCUGCGUCGUCUCACCGGCCUCUGGCUUCUGCGCCUGCUACUCCCGUACCGCCCGUGACGACUGAGCCGCCGAGCGACACGCCAGCAACCAAGGUUGAGACUCCAGUCCAGCAGCCUGGAAACCCACCGUUUGGUCGCUUUACGAUGCCCAUUACUCCGGCACCACUGUCUCAACCGCAGCAGCAGCAGCCUCUGGCGCAGGCGCCUCCGCCCGCUCCAGCUGUUACCCAAGCGCCCCCACAGGCUCCUCCACAGGCUCCUCAACAAGUACCGGUGCCAGUUCAACAGCAAAAUCCAGUGGCUCAACCUGCUGUCACGCAGUCUGGAUCACCUAUUGCCCGUCCCCUAAGAGCGCCGCCUCAGCAAGCCUUUGGCUUCCAAGAGAGGGAGCGAGAAUCGACGCAACCCCCUCCGCCAGUUAGGAUCUCUCAGAAGCCAUCUGCAACCCCGGUCGCCGAACCUGUUCAGCAGCGACCUCUGGCUGCCGCACAACCCAUCCAACCUGCACAGCCUGAACCGCAGAUCGACCGACAACAGGCAGAGAGGCAGCAACAGAUGGAACGUCAAGCCAUCGAACGACAGCAGAUCGAGAGACAGCAGAUGGAGCGACAAAGACUGGAGCAGCAGCAGAUGGAGCGGCAACAAAUUGAGAGGCAACAGAUUGAGAGGCAGCAAAUCGAACGGCAGCAAAUCGAGAGGCAACAGAUCGAGAGGCAGCAAAUGGAGCGGCAGCAGCUUGAAAGACAAGCCAUCGAGAGACAGCAGAUCGAACGACAGCAGCUGGAGAGACAGCAAAUGGAACGGCAGCAGACUGAACGACAACAGAUGGAGAGGCAACAGAUGGAAAGGCAGAAGAUGGAGGCGCAACAGCCCAAGGAACACUUGCGCCCGACUGAACGCACACGGCUGAAGCAAGAGCCUGAGAUGACGCCGCCGCACCACCACUAUGAGCCAUUCUCAUACAACCAGCAGCCAGCCCGGAACGUGCCGCCGCCUCGUUCCGAACCUCCGGCCGUGUCGAGACAGCCUGCUGAACCGCCUCGGCCUACAGCGACCCCAGUGCCACAAAGCUACGGCCAGCCCAUGCCGCAACCGGGUGGACGCUUGCUCGGAGACCCCCAGCCGGCCGUCUCGACCCCUCCUGGCCAGCGACCCAUUGCUGCGCAACGUCCUAUGCCUACCCACAUGGAUUCUUACAGCACCCCGCCUCAGCAGCCGCAACCCCCAGCGGCUAUGGCAUCUCGCCCGUCGGCCUCGGAGCGCAAGACAUCUAACAUCAUGUCAUUACUGAACGACGAUCCUCCGUCGGCUGCCGCAGCCGCCGCACCCACGCCCCCUCCUCAACCGAAGCGUCUCAACGACAUGACCCAAAUGAAGCCAUCACCGACGCCUCCUCCACAGAGCAUGUCAAGAGGCCCUGCUCCUCCGGCCCCGACCCCGCUGCGGCCAGAGCGGGAACCUCCUCAGGCAUAUCCCUAUGGUCGAAAUGCCCCGUCGGCGUCUGCAAUGCCUCCCCUGAAGCCGACAUACACGGCUUCGCCACAGGCACAGCAUAUGAGCGCGCCAAGAUCGGCUAUCGCAUCUCCGCAUGAUGCGGCGGCAGCAGUUGAGCGUGACUACUACCGGCAGUACCAACCUCAGGCGACGAACUCGCCUCAAAUUGCGCAGCCCUACCCGCCGCAAUCGCAACCUCCUAGGGAUGCUUAUCAGCCCCAGACUGGCUACUCCGGAUAUGGUGCCCCUGCCACUCACGCUGGCUCGCCACCUCCCCAAUACGCAGUUCAUCAGUCGGCCUCUAGGCGAGAGCCGCCACCCCCACAAAGCCGGGAAUCGGCAUGGCCUCCCGGGCCCCAGGGACACGCCAUGGGCCAGCCGCAACCACCACAGCAACAGUCCUCGUGGCCACCAGCGUCUCACGGGCCGCCGCCGAAACAGCCUCAACAAGCGCCACCUCCACAGAACUGGGCUUCGCCGCACAUGUCGACUCAGAAAGCACCUCCAGCGGGUCCGGCCGUUCCACAACAGUCUUGGGCCUCUGGUCCGCCUCAGCAGCAGCAACAGCAGCAGCAGCAGCAGCCGCCGCCGCCUCACCAUCACAUGUCGAUGCGCGACGAUAGAGGCGCGCCCAUGUAUAGCCAGAUUCCCCCUCAGCAUCAGCACGCGAUGCAAGGGAGAUACCCUCCGGUUUCACGAGCGCCAGAGCCGAUGCCACCUCAAGCGCAGCAGGCUUACCCGCCACGCUACGCAUCCACGCCCGCGCCUAGAGAUCCUCGGGACCAAAUGCCGCCGCGAAGCUACACGCCUGUAGGAUAUGACGCACGUGGCCCUCCUCCCGGACCCUACCCUCCGGACCCACGAGAGAUGCAAAUGCGCGACCCCAGGGAUCCGAGAGAUCCCCGGGAGAUACAACAGCAGGAGAUGCUCCAGCGCCAACUGCGCCCGCAUGACGGCUAUGGUAGACAGCCGGAUCGCUACGGCAGGUAG